AUGACGCCGCUCAGACACUGUGCUGCAUCCACGUCAAAGGCCGCUGCAGUCGUUGCUUGCGCGAAACACAGUACACGUCGAACUCUCCAUCGCGCGCUCCCUACACACGCCGUCGCUGAGCUUCCUCCAAUAGCCAGUGCAUCGAAUAUCCGGCCCGCCACAACGCAGCCGCGCGCUACCUCUGCUACCGCGGUACAUCAAAUACCUUCGCUUGUCGAGACAAUAAAGCGUUCACCUCCUCCUGCGCCUCAAGAGAAGCCUAAGAUCACAAUCGUCGCCGCCCCUCUCUCGCCUGACAUCGACAACGACAAACUAAAGCUUUUAUUCACGCGCUACGGGAAGGUCGAACAGGCCUCCGUCUGCAGGGAUAUCCAAACAAAGCAGUCUCUAGGCUAUGGAUUCGUCAGGUUCACGGCCCAGAGAGCUGCCAGGAAAGCGCUCCAACUCGACGGGAAGGAAGUCGACGGGUAUACGAUGCACGUUCGGGCCCUCGAGGAACGGUUGAACGAGGUUUAUAUACGCGAUCUGCCGGAGGGAAUGAACAAGUUUCAGUUGAGAGCGCUUUUUGAGCGGUAUGGACGGGUGAAUGAUGCUAGGACGCGAAAGAUUCGGAGAGGGAAGACGCUACUUCAUUCUGGCUUUGUCACGUUCGGCUCGGCCAAGGAGGCGGCGAGGGCUGUAGAGCUGUCUGGGAUGGAGGUGGAAGGGAAACGAUUGAGCAUUUCGCUCGCGAAGCCAGACCUUGAAGGGGAGCAGGGUUUGAUUGGCGAUGUUAUACCAGUCUCGAGAACGAUCGUUGCUCGGCUACCACCGGUCUUUAACGAGGAACGGAUGCGCGAUUUCUUCUCCGGGUGUGGCGAGAUCGCCCAUGCACGUAUACAUGAAGCAGCCAAGACGGACAACGCACCAGGAACGAACGACUCCUUCGUCUCUGGAUACGUCGUCUUCGUCUCCCCGUCCUCCGUCGACAAGGCCCUCAAACUUGACGGCAUGCAUAUGGACUCCCACCCUAUCAGCAUUCACCGCGCCGAGCCACACCAAGCCGUCCUCGCCCUCCACCGCCCGUCCAAGCCGAGCGAUCUCAACACCAGCCGCGUGCUCGUCCGCGGUUUCCCCAAGGAUGUCGGACCAGCUACGCUACGGCUAGCGUUCAGACAGUAUGGGGACGUUCGGAAAGUCGUUGUGUUUAGGCAUCGGAUGAGCGGACAGAGUUUGGGGUUUGGAAGUGUCCAGUUUGAUAGCGUUGGAGCGGCGGCGGAGGCUAUCAGGAAUACUGGGAUGAGUAUACAUGGGUCGCCUGUUACCAUUCGCGCGCUCGGAGAGGGAAAGACGGAUGAUACCCAAACGAGAGUUGGGCCUUAG